AUGGGCUUUCGUCGAGAAAUCAAGCUCAGGUUCCUGAUUAUCAUGGUGGUGGCAAUCGUUCUGGGAGGCUGUCUUUUCAGCAAGAUGUUACAGUCUCAUCAAGAUCCAGCAGAAGAUUACACCAGGGACAAAUCAGGAACAUGUCUGGCGAAGCCGAUGUGGGUACAAGAACACAUUUCAAAAUCUCCUAUGAAGCACUGGAUAAACAGCCCGUCAGAACUGAAUCCAGGACGCCAUGAUUGGGAUCUGAACUUCCACGUGAGUAGGGUAUUGAAAUACGUGUUCCUUGAUGGACUAGGUGACAUUAUCAAGUUGGAUGAGGAGCAGCUUGAUAAAGUUCUUGUCCAUCAAGUGAGCAGAAGACAACAAGACACACAACCAGACUGGACAUAUAAACCAUUAGAGAACAACUUUGGCAGUAGGAUGUUUUUGAUGGUCCUCGUUAUCAUCCUACUGCAUUCAUCAGCUUUGCCAGCAAUGAUACAUCAAGUGAAAUCCACUACAAGAAAACGCUCACUCGGAUCAGAAAAGUGGAACAACACUGUUGACAAAGGGCUUGAAGAUUUAUAUUCUGCCUGUACAUAUUUUGACAAAAUGUCACACAGUGUUGCAAAUUGUCAAUCCAAGGAUAGAGCCAAAAAACCAUGGAUGGUUGAUCCACUGAGGUGGGAUAGACAUUUUAUUGAAUAUACAACAUACUCGGUACUGGAACGGGUGGCUUCAUACAGGCCAUUUGCUUUUGAUCUCACGCCCAAUAUCCCAUCGGCAGUGACUCUUGCAGAAGCUGGCUUCCAGUACCCUGGCGAGGGGUCAGCUGUGCAAUGCCAAGGGUGCAGAAGUUACGUGGAGAUUGGGGCGUUUAACUCACCAGCCACUGAAGCCAAAUAUCACAGAGAAGGAUGCUUUUUUGUCACAGCUAGUAACAAUGACACAGAGGAAAUGCCCUCUAGCUUAACGCUAACAGAAGUUGGUGAACGAGCAACAGCAAAUGCUUCAUAUACCCGAACUGAGCAAGCAUCCUCAAAAGUUAAUGCCACUAGGGCGACUCCAUUGGGAACUCUGCCCUCCACCACUAUGGCGAAUAACCAGUUGAACAGUCAGCCAGUUGGAGAAUGUAAAGCUACCGAAGCACCACAUAAUUGUCUAGAAGCAACAGCGAAACCGAAUCUUUCAUUUGCCAAUGUCGCUGGAAAUGAGAACGAUUUUGCAGAGCCUCCAGAACAGAACUCACAACAAACUGUAGCUGCAGGAAAUAUGACCAGAAUUUCGACUGCCUCAUGGGAAUGUGAGCAGAUAGGUCAAAUUCCUGCAGUUCCACAACAUCAGACAAAUGAGUCAAUAACAAGGAGUCAUGAGCAGAUAGGUCAAGUUUCUGCAGAUCCGCAACAGCAGACAAAUGAGACAGGGACAAUGGGACAUGAGCACAUUCCUGUAGAUCACAGAGAGCAGGGAAAUGCCUUAUCAGAAACCAGGGGAGCUUCGGCUAAUCCUGGAGUCUCUGAUCAGCUGACAGACCCUGAUAUGGCUUCUGCAUUCACGAGGCUGCUAUUCGACCCCAGCGCCUUUGAUGCCGAGGAAGAGAUCCUUCCUCUAGGACACCACGAUCUCAGAGAAAGAUGCCAGAAGAACCCUGGGCACUUUGGUAACUUUCCAAUGGCGCAGCUACAACUGAACCACAUCCCGUCCAACGUCAGAUGCCCUGAAGUGCUGGAAUUUUUUCAACUGAUAGGAAAACUCGUAGUGAAACUAACAAUUAGAAAACGCAGCAGUAACAGACCUCAAUUUGGCGAGUCUAUUGAAACACACGCCCAGUGCGGAACCGGCCUGGCUUUUGCCGAAGAUGAUAGUGAUGAUCCAGCUCCUACGGAGCCUACGCGAAGGUGGAGCACCAUUAGGCGCUACAUCCCUGGGUUGAAGAAAAACAAGGGGAUCAUACACAUUAGAACCAGUUGCCAUGUUAUUUUUGAUGACUUUGAAGCAGAGAACACCCUGGUUGAAUUCUUCUAUGAUAACCCAAACGGAAAUGAAAUUGUAAAGGCGAAAGGGGUGUCAGUCACUCACAGUCCAGCCAUAGGUGAUGCUACAUCGGUACUGAAAUGCACCAUUUCUGAUUUAUCUAUGGUAGAGUUUGUCAAGAACACAGAGAAGCAAGUCCGAGAGCUCGUAGCGAGGCUUCCAACGAGGAUAAAAGAGAACCUCACGAAAAGGGUCUUUGUGAUCAGUCAUCCUCACGGUCUGGAGAAAGUUUUCUCUUAUGGCGAAUAUGCUGUUGUCAAGUACGCACUGAAGCCAGAGAAAAGAAAUGGCGUGCCGGCACCUGAAAUUGUCAAGAUUAACAACCAUACACAAAUUUCUGAAAAUUCCAACAGCAUAAGGAAAAUGCUAUUCUACACAGCCGAUACUUGCAAAGGUUCCUCUGGAGGCCUUGUUGUCUCCUUCAAGAAGACAGGACUCAAUGGCACUGAAGACAUUCAGCUGGAUCUAUGGAUUCACUCCUGUGUGGAAAAGAAGCAUGGAUUAAAUGCUUCAGUCAUGAAAGAGCUAACGCCAGACGACAUUAUCAAUCACGGAAACACCAGCAUAACCAGACCUUCCGUACAAGAUGAACAGGAAUCAGAGGCUGAUGCGGCAUCCAGACAAAUCGUUACUGGGCCAGUCUACACAGUGAUGGAACCUCCGGCUCACCCCGUAUACGUCCCAUACAUGAAGCGACUGGGCAGUUACCCAAAUCCCUUUUCGCACGUGCACACAGCUGCAGACCUCGCCGAUGCUGGAUUCUUCUUUGCAGGCUACGCCGACUGUGUCCGCUGCUUUCAAUGCGGACUGGGCCUCCGCUCGUGGAAGGCUGGAGACAGCAUCUACGAAGAGCAUCACAGGAACCGACCCGACUGCCAGUUUCUGCAGAUGAAGAUGAGGGCAAACGGAAUCACCCGGCCUGGCCGUCAGUCUGGGAGACAACACAGCAACAGCCGAACGCCAGCCCAAGCUCCGAUAAUUCAACAACCAGAGAGGAAAUCCCACCAAACCCGACAGAGUCAGCUGCCCCUGGCCAGCACGGAAACUUCAGAACCAGCAUCGGAAGAGACAAACCAGACAAAGUUACUGAAACCAUCUAGCAGUUCAUUGUCCGCCGCACAAAAUGAACCAAGCAGUGUGUCCACUUCACAAGGCAGUAAUACUGAUGAUGACUCUACUGAGGUUCCAAAGAGUACGGCCGUGAAUGUUCUAGAGAGAGAACAGAAGUACCUGAAGCAACUAUUUACCUGCAAAAUCUGUUUCGAGAAGCCAGUUAAAGACCUCUUCUUGCCGUGCGGAGAGCUGGUUGCCUGUUUGGAGUGUUCCAAGCUUCUUACCCAUUGCCCCUCGUGCAACAAGAAGAUACUUGCUACUGUUACAACUUACUUUAGCUAA